AUGAUUGGUUUUGCCCUCAUCGCCGUCGCCUCUCUGGCUUCCUCUUCCCUCGUCGCUGCUCAGCAGAACGGCGUCGGAAUCGGAAACCAGACUAUCAUCCCAACCUCGGUCGACGUUAACACCCGUAACGGCUGGUGUCGCUCCGAAAAGGAUACUUGCACCACUCUCUGCUCCAAGAACUGGACCACCAACGAUUGCGACCAGAACACUCUUGAAGUCUCUUGUGUCUGCGCCGAUGGUUCCAAACCCGAGUUGGUCAACUACAGGAAUACCCUGCCGUUCUUCAUCUGCCAGGAAUACAUCGCCCAGUGUGUCGCUGGAAACGCUACGGAACCCACCCUCCAAAACAUCUGCAGAAACACAAAUACCUGCGGCAACCUAGACCCCGCCGACUUUGUCCCAUCAACCACCAUCCGAACCACUGCUCCUGCCCCAUCAACCACCGGCUCAUCUACGGGCGGUACCAACACCCCCGCCACCACAACCGGUAGCACUGAUGCCCCCGCCACCACCUCCCCCAACGCCGCUGGCUCUCUCGACCCCCCAUCCUUCGGCUUCCCUCGCAUGGUUGCCCUCCUCUCGGCUUUGGGAGUCGCUGGUGCCGGUUUCAUCCUGUAA